CGGUCACACCCCGCACGCUGCAAGUCGGCUGACGAAAUUGUUUAGAUUUGCAUUUACUGUUGAAAACAAGCACCAGCAAAAUGAAGUUCCUGACCGCCAAGGAGGUGCGCGAUGCGUAUCUGGGCUUCUUCAAGGAGCAGAAGCACAUCUACGUGCACUCGUCCAGCACGAUCCCACUGGACGACCCGACGCUGCUGUUCGCCAACGCAGGCAUGAAUCAGUUCAAGCCCAUCUUCCUGGGCACCGCCGAUCCCAACAGCGAAAUGUCCAAGUGGGUGCGCGUGGCCAACACACAAAAGUGCAUUCGCGCCGGCGGCAAGCACAACGAUCUGGACGAUGUUGGCAAGGACGUCUACCAUCAUACCUUCUUUGAGAUGCUGGGCAACUGGUCCUUUGGGGACUACUUCAAGAAGGAGAUCUGCUCCUGGGCCUGGCAAUUCCUCACUGAGCGCCUUGGCCUCCCCAAGGAUCGCCUGUACGUCACAUAUUUUGGCGGUGAUGAAGCCAGCGGCCUGGAACCCGAUCUGGAGUGCAAGCAAUUGUGGCUGGACUUGGGCCUCAAGCCGGAGCACAUCCUGCCGGGUAGCAUGAAGGACAACUUCUGGGAGAUGGGUGAGACUGGACCGUGUGGCCCCUGUUCCGAACUGCACUUUGAUCGCAUCGGCGGACGCAGUGUACCGGAGUUGGUGAACAUGGACGAUCCCGAUGUACUGGAGAUCUGGAAUCUCGUGUUUAUCCAGUACAACCGUGAGUCUGACGGCAGCCUCAAGCAGCUGCCUAAGAAGCACAUUGACUGCGGUAUGGGAUUUGAACGGUUGGUGUCCGUCAUCCAAAACAAACGAUCCAACUACGACACGGAUCUGUUCGUGCCACUCUUCGAUGCCAUCCAGGCUGGCACUGGAGCACCAGCUUACCAGGGACGCGUCGGCGCUGAUGAUAGUGACGGCAUUGAUAUGGCGUACCGUGUGCUGGCCGAUCACGCCCGCACAAUCACCAUUGCCUUAGCUGAUGGUGGCACUCCGGACAAUACUGGCCGAGGCUAUGUCCUGCGUCGCAUUCUCCGUCGCGCUGUGCGCUAUGCCACUGAGAAACUGAACGCCAAGCCUGGAUUCUUUGCCACGCUGGUAAACACUGUCGUGGACUUGCUGGGUGAUGCCUUCCCCGAGGUAAAGAAGGAUCCACAGCACAUUAUCGAUAUCAUCAACGAGGAAGAGCUCCAGUUCCUCAAGACUCUGACAAGGGGUCGUAAUUUACUGAAUCGCACCAUCGAAAAGUUGGGAACCGCAACCAUCAUUCCCGGUGAUGUUGCCUGGCGACUGUACGACACCUACGGCUUCCCCGUCGAUCUUACCCAACUGAUGGCGGAGGAGAAGUCCCUGCAGAUCGAUAUGGCCGGCUACGAGGCAGCCAAACAGAACUCUUAUGUACUGUCACAGGGCAAAGGAGCCAGCAAGAUCGAAGAGAUCAACCUCGACGUGCACGCCAUCUCGCAGUUGCAGGAGCAGAAUGUACCUCCCACCGACGACUCCUUCAAAUACAAGUACGAAGCUGUUUCGGAGGAACGUGACUCUGCCUAUAACUACGGCGAAUGCACCAGUAAGAUUGUGGCUCUGCGCUUUGAGAAUCAGUUUGUGAACGAGAUUAGCAACGGUCAGAAGGCAGGCAUUGUCCUGGACAAGACCAACUUCUAUGCGGAAAGCGGCGGCCAGAUUUACGAUCAGGGAGCUUUGGUUAAGGUCAACGACGAGGCCAACGAGUUCCUAGUGGACCGUGUGUACAACCGUGGUGGCUAUAUCCUGCACAUUGGCGUUGUCGAGGGCACCCUGAAGGUGGGCGAUGAACUCCAUCUGCAUAUCGAUGUGGAACGCCGCUGGCUGACCAUGAAGAAUCACUCUGCCACGCAUGCACUGAACCACUGCCUUCUCCAGGUCCUUGGCAAGGACACCGAGCAGAAAGGCUCAUUGGUGGUGCCUGAGAAGCUACGAUUUGAUUUCAAUAGUAAGGCUGCCAUGACCAUUCAGCAGGUGGCGAAGACUGAGCAGCUAACAAAGGACAUGGUAUACAAGAAUGUACCCAUCUACGCCAAGGAAUCAAAACUCGCUGUGGCCAAGCAGAUUCGUGGCCUGCGCUCGGUGUUCGACGAAGUCUAUCCAGAUCCCGUGAGGGUAAUCUCCUUUGGAGUGCCCGUGGACGAGCUCGAGCAGAAUCCCGAUUCGGAGGCCGGGGAACAGACCUCAGUUGAGUUCUGCGGCGGCACCCAUCUCAGACGAUCUGGCCACAUUAUGGACUUUGUAAUCAGCAGUGAGGAGGCCAUUGCCAAGGGCAUCCGGCGCAUUGUGGCUCUGACAGGCCCUGAAGCCUUGAAGGCACUGAAGAAGUCGGAGGUCUUCGAGCAGGAAAUCAUCCGUCUCAAGGCCACCAUCGAUGCCGAUCAGUCUGGCAAGGACUCAAAGUCGCAUGUUAAGGAAAUUGUCGAGCUGACCGAACAAAUCUCGCAUGCCACGAUCCCGUACGUGAAAAAGGAUGAUAUGCGCAAUUUGUUGAAGGGCCUAAAGAAGACUUUGGACGACAAAGAGCGUGCCCUGCGCGCCGCCGUCUCUGUAACUGUUGUAGAGCGUGCCAAGGCACUGUGCGAGGCGAAUCCCAAGGCCACCGUGCUGGUCGAGCAGUUGGAGGCGUUCAACAACACCAAGGCGCUAGAUGCCGCUCUUAAACAGGUGCGCACUCAGCUUCCGGAAGCCGCCGCCAUGUUCUUCUCUGUCGAUGUGGACUCGAAGAAAAUCUUCUGCCUUAGCUCAGUGCCCAAGAGUGCAGUGGAGAAGGGUCUGAAGGCAAACGAGUGGGUGCAACACGUCUCCCCCACGCUGGGUGGCAAGGGAGGCGGCAAGCCGGAAUCCGCUCAGGCUUCAGGAACUAACUAUGAGAAGGUGGAUGAGAUCGUUCAGAUGGCUAACAAGUUUGCACAGGCUAAAUUGGCUUAAACCGAAGAAUUUGCUUUGACUCAAAAUUGGCAAAUCUUUCAAUUACUCAGAUCUUUUGAUAAACCCUUGAUGCUUACAAAUGGUAAUCCAUUUAUCUGUUCCAAACAGCAUUUCAGAUAAAUUUUUUCGCUUAUUUAUAAAAUAAAAGCAUUUGUACACUUAUA